AUGGGCCCAGAGCAGAAAGGGAGUGGGGGCCGUGACCCGGCCUCCUGGGCCAUGUUAGGCCUCCAGCCGCCAUCUUUGCCAGUCUGCAGAGCAGGAAGCGAAGCCUCAGCCUUGCUCGUGCAUUUCUCCACAUUCCGGCCUUUUGGAGAGUGCAUCUCUGCUGGAAAUGGCUCCUACAGCCGUGCAGAUGACGGGAGAGCUGGCGAGAGCAGUCUGCCCCCCAGAAGGGACAUCACCGAGGAACAGAAGGCUCAGGGCUGGGAGGGCCUGGCAAUGAGGUCAUGUGGGCGACCACUCUCCUUUGGUUAUCCAGAAAGUGACCCCACCCCCCAGUCUAGCUCCCCGGGGUGGGGGGCAAGGAUCAGCCAUUACUCCCUGGCUGUCUAUUGCCCGGUCCCAGAGCCCCUAGCCCCUAGUACUCUCGACCUCCUUGGCUCUAUGCCCCUAGCCUGGCUCUCCCCACUAGGGUUCUGGGCCAUCGGCCUCCUCUGCCGCAUCCUCCCGGGCACCACCAGUCGUUGGGGGGGGGGGAUGUCUGAAGAGAGAGAGAGCGAACAAAAGGCAGGCUGGGUGCUGCUGGAGGGGGGCAGGGCCAGGCCCGGACCGGGGAGGCGGGGAGGGGGGCAGAGCCAGGGGAGAGGGGGGCCUCUAGGCCCCAGCAGGGAGGGAAGGGAGGGGGAGGGGGAGCCUCCAGACCUCGGCGGGCUGGGGGGGGGGGAGGGCGGAGGGGCGGGACAGGCUGAGCCUAUAAAGGACCGCAGUCACCCCGGCUCCGGGCCCGCCCCGCAGGCCCCUGGCGCCCGCCCCGGGAUGGCCCCAGCCCCGGCCCACAGCCGCCGCCUGCCCUGGCUCCCCGGAGCUCUCCUGCUGCUGCUCGUGCUGCUGCUCGCGUCCCUGAACCGGGUUCUGGCUCGGCCGGCCCCGCUACAGCCCGACUCAGCACUCAAGGAGGAUGGACCCUGGCUUGAGGAUGUCCCCAAGGCUGCAGCCUCCAAGCCAAUCCUUCCCAUGCAGGCUGCCCCUCAGUGGGCCACAGCUCAGGGCCGCCCCCGCUGUGGUGUGCCCAACCUGCCUCGCGGAUUGCGCCUCCAGAACCGGCAAAAACGCUUCGUGCUGUCUGGUGGGCGCUGGGAGAAGGUCAACCUUACCUACAGAAUCAUGCGGUUCCCCUGGCAGCUGGUCAAGGAGCAAGUACAGCAGAUGAUGGCAGAGGCCUUACGGGUAUGGAGCAAUGUGACCCCACUUACCUUCACGGAGGUGCAAGAAGGCAGGGCAGAUAUCAUGAUUGACUUCACCAGGUACUGGCACGGAGACAAUCUGCCUUUCGAUGGACCUGGAGGCAUUUUGGCUCAUGCCUUCUUCCCCAAGACCCACCGGGAGGGGGAUGUGCACUUUGACUAUGAUGAGACCUGGACCAUUGGGAACAACCUGGGCACAGACUUGCUCCAGGUGGCCGCCCAUGAGUUCGGCCACGUGCUGGGCCUCCAGCACUCAAAUGAAGCCAAAGCUCUGAUGUCCCCUUUCUACACCUUCCGCUACCCUCUGAGCCUGAGCCCAGAUGACCAGCAGGGCAUCCAGCACCUCUAUGGACAGCGGCUUGUGCCCAGCCCAGAGCCCCACCCGACCCUGGCCCCUCCAGCCCCAGGGCCCACCAGGCCCCACCCCAAAGCACCUCCCCCACCCCAGCCAGGUGACAUAGACACCAACGAGAUCUCCUUGGAGCCAGACGCCUGCGACACAGACUUUGAUGCUGCAGCCACCAUCCGAGGGGAACUGUUCUUUUUCAAGUCGGGCUUUGUCUGGAGGCUGAGGGCUGGGCAGCUGCAGCCCGGCUACCCGGCCCUGGCUUCUCGCCACUGGCAAGGCCUGCCCACCAGCCUUGAUGCUGCCUUUGAGGAUCCACAGGGCAACAUUUGGUUUUUCCAGGGCCCUCAAUAUUGGGUGUAUGCCGGAGAGCAGCGUGUCCUGGGCCCAGCGCCACUCUCUGACCUAGGUCUAACAAGUUCAGCCAUCCAUGCAGCACUGGUGUGGGGGACAGGGAAGAACAAAAUCUACUUCUUCCAUGGGGGCAGUUAUUGGCGUUUCCAUGCCAGUACACGGCGUGUUGAUGGCCUUUCCCCAAGAAGGACCACUGACUGGCGGGGAGUACCCUCUGAGAUCAGUGCUGCCUUCCAAGACAGCCAUGGUUAUGCCUACUUCCUCCAUGGUCGCCAAUACUGGAAGUUUGACCCAGUAAAAGUGAGAGUCUUGGAGGGCUUCCCACGCCUCAUUGGCCAGGACUUCUUCAGCUGCGCUGGACCUGCCACCCUUCCCUACAAUGCCUUCCUCUAAGCACUGGCCUUGGAGGCCCUGCAUUCCCCAAAACCUUCUUUGGGAGCUGGCCUCCCAUGGGGAUGACCCUGAACCAGGCAGCACUAUUUAUUCAGGGAUAGAAAUGAAGGCUCUGGGAUGAACUAACCGGGCUCAGGCUCCCCCAUACCCUCAGCUGGAGGCAGUUGGCUGCCAGCUGGGCUUCCAUGCAGGCCUAGGGAGUCUCGUAGCCUGAGAGUCCAUGUGUUUGGAGGCAAAGAGACUCCAGGCCAUGCUGGUUGUGGCUUACACUGUCAGGUCUGAACCCUGCCUUCUCUGUCAUUGUCCAGAUACGUCCUUUCAGAAUCUCAGCUGGGAUACCCUGCCCUCUAGGGACUCCUCAUGGGUGUCAGUUCUCUUUGGAUCCCCAGAACCUGCUCCACACUGGAGAGCUGCCUCUCUCCCUGGACUGACUGCUGUCCCCAGGGGGGCAUCAUGGAAGGCCAUGGCCUUCCCCCAGAGUCUUUUGACAUCCACUCUUCCAGGGAGUGUGGAAUACAUAAUUUCUUUCUUCCCAUCCACACCUUCCCACUCUGAAGCCUCUCCUUUGUCCCUAAGCUGUUUCUUCUGAAUAGGGCACAUCUACCCCAAGCCAUGGAUCCCAGUUGAGGUGGGCGAGCUCAUCCCACCCACUGUCAGUGAUCUCAGGAGGCAGGAUGUGGCCCCUCGCCAGCUGGGGUGUCCCCUUGUUCUUGCGUGCUAUCCACCUUUGGGCCUUACUGUAGGCCUGGGUUUUAUUCGACCUCCUGCCCACCAGUGUGCCUUAUAGUUGCCUGUACUUUCUAGCCCCUCCUGGCAUCCCAGGCAUCUUGGGACAUUCCUGGUCAAAUCUUGAAGACACAUCCAGGCAGACAGUGGGCCUUUUGGCAUUCUGCUCUCAGUCAGGCCCCUUUAGCAGGGAGUUGCUACCACCACCUGGCCUUCCCAGUUCCUCCUUUUCCUCCUUUCUUCCUGCUCCUUGUCCCAGCCUUCCUGGAAACCCCACUGACAUGUCCCACUUCCCAGGAUGCUGGACUGGCCCUUUGCGGGGGUGUUGGCUCACCCUUUUAAUGGUAGGAGAGAUGCCGGGCCAAACCCCCAGGAAUGCCUCCCCUGUGUUUCCCCUCUAGUCUGACUCCCCCUCAGAGUCCCCAUCCUCAGAAGGGAGGGAGGGGUUGUGGGCAGAAAGGGCAGCCCUUGUAUCCAGUCUGGAGAAAGCAGGUUCCUGGGCUUUCAUCCAAUCUCCUGCAUGCAAAUACUGUCCUCUAUCCUGAGGUAUAAGGGUGUCUUCCUUCCCCAACCUCAACCUAGUGCUCACAGGCCUGCUUGAGGUAUGGGCUCCAAGGGACAACAGUCCCCAGAGGCAGAGCUCAAGGCAAACCCCCUCCUCAUGCCAAGGCUAGUCCUUGUAGGCUUACCUGGUCAGCAUGGAAGAGCCAGCCCCUAAACUCAUAAGAGUUCCCUUAAGUCUUGACAUGCUCACAGGGCCUGGGCCUGAUGCUUAAGAGGGCCAGGCCCAACAGGGCUGCCUCUAGGAGAAACCUGACUCUGCUCUCCCUCCCAUUAGGCCCUCAGGGCCUGGAAAGGGGCAGCUGGGAGUCUGAGAAGGAAGUGUGUCCGGCUCAGACCUUGGGCCCCAGGGUAGAUGGAGCCAGCUGUGGAGUGCCCUGGCUGGGUACCCUUCCACUAUGGUGGGGUAGGCCUCAGGGGCCUCUCCUCUGCCCUCCCUGCCAAAGAAGUGCUAACUGUGUACAGUAUGGAUAGCGUCUUUUGUAUCAGUGGGUCAUCCACUCGACAAUUAAACAUGGCCUGUUUUCUAUUGAA